CCAUCACCAGCCUGUACAUCUCGUGAGCUGUUAGUAGUUGUGGGAAUUGUUGUCUCCAUAAUAGUGAUCAUCACUGUUGCUCUCUUAGCUGAGUUCUUGCUGUUUCCCUCUGAGAUGGAUGAAUCAACUCCUCUCUGUGGUGGGAAAGGGAGCUGCAGUUUCCUAACGCAGCGGCCCUUUCUGCCCCAAAAUCCAGUGAACCAGACAGGAAAUAUCACUGCAGAUUGCUCAGUUCUGUUCAGUGAUGGCCGUCGGAUUGUUGGAGGGACCUUAGCUGCAAAGAAUGAUUGGGGCUGGCAAGUCAGCAUGCAAUGGAGAGGGAAACACGUCUGUGGUGGUGCCAUCAUCUCCUCUCGCUGGGUGAUCACUGCAGCUCACUGCUUUGUUGAAAAUAACAUGCUUCAAGUGGAUGACUGGAUGGUGGUCGCAGGCACUGUAAGCAUUGCACAAAAAUCUCUGGGCCAACACUAUAGGGCACUGCAGAUCCUCUACCAUCCUAACUAUGACAAGGACAAGGAGAAUGACUAUGAUGUGGGGCUGCUGCGCACCAUCACAGACAUGGCCAUGAUGGGUGGGGUUCGACCCGUCUGUUUACCCAGUCCAAAGGAGCUCUUUUCUGCUGGAGCAGACUGUUGGAUCACAGGCUGGGGAUUGAUAAAUGAAAACACAGGCUAUAUGUCAGAUGAGUUAAGGCAGGCCCAGGUGAAGGUAAUACCUCAGUCCAUCUGCUCCAGCUUGAGCGUUUAUGGUGACUUUAUAACUCCUCGAAUGAUUUGUGCUGGUAGCAUGGGUGGAGGGGUGGACUCCUGCCAGGGUGAUAGCGGUGGACCUCUUGUAUGUGAGACUCACGAUGGGGACUGGAAACUGGCAGGCUUGGUGAGCUGGGGAGAUGGAUGUGCACGACCCAAUAAACCAGGUGUCUACAGCAGAAUAACUGAACUGCUUCCAUGGGUUGAAAGCUAUGUCGACAUACAGGAUAACACAGAGGAUUUGACCGAGAACACCAUGACCAUUAAUAAAAUGCCUUAAAAGCUGAC